GGGCUGCUUUGCGAGGGGCGGGCAAGUGAGCGGCUGCGGCCGCGAGCAGCGCCUUCCUCUUCUGACAGCCACGUCAAGGGAAUUUCCAGGCCGCUGCGAGCAAACGGGAGUGGGGAGGUGCUGGUUGCCUCCUACUCCCUCUUCGGGUCUCGUUGCUUUUGAGUGGCGGAUCGGAGCCGGGUGCCGGAAGACAGCUUUACGUGGCCUGACUUCAGCGGCCCGGCCCCAGGUUGAAAACGAAGGGGCAGUUCGGCCUCCGCCAUGGAGACUCGCUAUAACCUCAAAAGCCCCGCUGUUAAACGAUUAAUGAAAGAGGCUGCUGAACUGAAGGAUCCAACAGACCAUUAUCAUGCACAGCCCUUAGAGGACAACCUUUUUGAAUGGCAUUUCACUGUUAGGGGUCCUCCAGAUUCAGAUUUUGAUGGAGGUGUUUAUCAUGGUCGAAUAGUAUUGCCACCAGAGUAUCCCAUGAAACCACCAAGCAUUAUACUCUUAACGGCCAAUGGCAGGUUUGAGGUGGGAAAGAAAAUUUGCCUCAGCAUCUCAGGACAUCAUCCUGAAACAUGGCAACCAUCAUGGAGCAUAAGAACAGCUUUGCUAGCAAUUAUUGGAUUUAUGCCAACAAAAGGGGAAGGAGCCAUAGGAUCUCUGGACUACACACCUGAGGAAAGAAAAGCACUUGCUAAGAAGUCUCAAGAUUUCUACUGUGAAGGAUGUGGAUCACUUAUGAAGGAAGCCCUUUUGCCUCUGACUUCUGGAAGUGCCUCAAGCCAGGCUGAUAAAGAGGCCAAGGAACUUGCCAGGCAAAUUAGUUUCAAGGCUGAAGUAAAUUCGUCUAGAAAAUCUAUCACUCAGUCAGAUUCCUCUGAAUUGAGUCACUUGACCAGUUCACCUGAAGCCCAGCGGGAAAGUAUAACUGCAGCAUUCCAGGAAACACCCUCCAGUGAAGUGUCGGACAAUCAGACCAAUUCAUCCACUUCCAGUCAAGAGGAACAUACCCAAACGGUGUCAAGUACUACAUCCAUGAGCCCCCGGCAGCGACGUGCACAGCAGAGAAGGGUGCCAUCUUCAACCAACUUCAAUCAGGUCCAGCAGCCAAGAGUCAACACAAGCCACAUGGGGUCGAAUAUGCUUAUUGUUCUCCUUGUUUUAGCAUUGGCAGCUCUUAUAUUCAGACGAAUAUAUCUAGCUAAUGAGUAUAUAUUUGAAUUAUGAGUUUAUCUUGUUCUUCAGUGACUUGAAUGCUUUAUUAAAACAUUCUGUCAGAUAUGUUUUGAGGACUGUUUACAUAAGAUUACAUUUUGUAUUUACCCAUUUUAAGUCUGAAUGUUAAUUAAUUUCUGUAAAGAAAGCACACCUUGAUAUUGGUGUGAAUGUUGAUUGUUAAAUAUAUCUAUACAAACUGAGCAGAUCAGUUGUGAAAUUCAUUUGGGAAUCUGUUUCUGCAAUAGCAGGAUAUUUAAGGAGUUUGGGCGAUUGAAAGUAUUGUUUGUGAUCUUUUGUGGAUAAGUUUAAUUGACACGCAUAAAAUUGUGGCAGUAUGUUUGAGCAAGAGAAAAGUGAGUGCUUACUCAUAAUAAAUUUUAUUACAAAAGUUUGCCUGAAGGCUUCUUAAAUUGAAAUGCAGGUAUGUUUACAUAGUAAGUGUUUUUAGUUUGAGCAGAAAGGGGAGCUUAUUAAUAUUUUGUAAUUACCUUUAUUUCCUAGACAAUACGUUCUUUAAAAAUUCCUUAAUUUGUAGGGAUUUUAUCUUCAGUGAAGAAGAAGAGCCAGCAUGUUGUCAUCUUUCCUUUUUCUUGGCUGUUUGAAGUCAAACAGAAUAAUCUUUUGCAAGAUAUGAAUGUCUUUUUCUAAUACUCAAUUGUAUAUAUUUUGCUUUUUUUAAUUUGAAGUAUCUGGAAAGUGCUAUAGAUAUUUAAUAUUGGCUUGGAGGUUAUUGACUUCAGUUUAUUUCAGAAAUAUACUUAAUGCU